GGUCCCGUGCCAAAACCGCGAAUGUGAUAAUUUUAAGGUUUCCGCUUUUCUGUUGGAAAAUUAUAAAUUAUUAUCAGAGAACCCAAUGCCAAAACAGCGAAUAUGAUAUGUAUUAUGUGUUGCCUGCUAUAAAGGAUUGUGAUAUCACGUAUGUGAAAAUUCAUUUAUUUUUCAAAUGCCAAAACUAUGAAUGUGGCACAUUCGCUGUUUUGGCUUUGGAACAAUUUGAGUGUGAUAUAUUCGCGUUCAGAACAGACACAAAAACAUCGUGCUUAUAAACGUGUGACUGCUUGUUUGUUUAAUUAUAAUUUCGCGGUGUUUUACCAAAAUGAACCGAACACAAAGGAUAAUGCAACUUUGUUCUAAUAUUACAGAAGAUGAUAAUGUUGUUAUUGAAAAAAGGAAUACCUGUGGUGAUGCUCAACCUCAACCUGGCGGUAGCGGGGAACAAGCUUAUUCAGAAACAGCUGAUUAUGCUCGAGAUUAUAAUUCUACCGAUGAAGACCCAUUUGAAGCAGGUUCUUCAGACGAGUAUCUUCCUUCAAGUGAAGGUGACGAAAGCGAUGUUGACUCGGAUCUUGAUGAUCGUAAUGUGGACAUCACAGUACUGAAUGGAGAUGACAAUAUUGUCGUGGAAGUUGUGGAGGCAGACCUACCAGAUCAAAGUGAUGAGGUGAAGAAAAAAAGAAAAAGAAAUGUGUCCGGAUGGAAAAAAAAUCUAAUAAACUGUAAACGGUUAAAAGGAGAAUACGUUGGGUUUGAAAACCAGAUACAUCCCAGUCGUCCCAUGUUACCUUCUCCGUGUUUGGAAAAAUCAAAACACAAGUGCUCUGGUCUUAUAAGAGAAGAAGAUAGAAAAACAAUAUACAACGAAUUCAGAUCAUUUCAAAAUAUAGACGAUCAGCGCCAGUUUGUUGUAACUCACGUUGAACAAAAACUCAAGAAAAGAACAACAAGAAAUAUUGAGAAUUCCAGAAAACACUACACGAAUCAUUAUUCGUUAACAGUAAAUAACAACGGGUAUCUGUGUGCAGAAUGUUUUUUAUGGCGACUUUAAACGUUACUGACGCCUUUAUUAGAAGCUGCUUAAAAAAAACUAAUGCCAGUGGUGUUUUGGAAAAAGAUAAACGUGGAAAACGCCCACCUCACAAUAAGCUGGACGAAGCAGACGAUUUAUUUUUGCGAAACCAUAUUUUGUCAUUUCCGGCUGUAGAGUCGCAUUAUUGUAGACAAUCCUCUAAAAAAAAUAUUUGGAUGCUACAUUAAACAUUUCGAUUAUGCACCGUAUGUACAAACAAAAGUGUAUGGAAGAAAACAGAAAACCUGUGUCAGACGAAAAGUACAGAAAUGUCUUCAAGGAAUAUAAUUUGGGAUUUUACAAGCCGAAAAAAGACCAAUGCAAAAAAUGUUUAUCUUAUUCCACCAUGACAGAAGAAGAGAAGGCAUUGAAUAAAGAAUGUCAUGAUAAACAUAUAAACAAAAAGAACGAUGCUCGAAAAUGUAGAGAUGAGGACAAGAGCUUGGCUAAAGCAGACACUUCUAUACUGGCGUUCAAUUCAGAUUUGGAAGCAGUCUUAUACACACCAAAAGGAUCAGCAGGUCAAAUCUUUUACCUGAGAAAAUUAGCUGUAUAUAACUUCACUGUCUAUGAUCUAGUAACACAAGACGUGGAUUGCUACUUAUGGGAUGAAACUCAAGGAAAAAAGGGAUCUAAUGAAAUAAGUACAAUUAUUUUUGAUUAUGUAAUGGCUCAUCCAAACAUAACCGCAGUUCGGAUGAUGUCAGAUGGUUGCGGAGGUCAACAAAAAAACAGUAUAGUUAUGGCUAUGUGUUUGCAACUUUUGCUGAAACAUCCCAAGUUGCGAUUCAAUUCAUUCAAAAAUUGAAGUAAAAUCAAAAAAUGUUCCUGUCUAUGUUCCUAAGGGUUGGGCUCAGCUUAUUAGGGAUUCACGUAGAAAUCCAGCUCCAUACAAGGUCCAUACAAUGACUUUUGACGAUUUCUAUGAUUAUAAAACGUUGUCAGAGAACAUAAUUGCAAAGAAGAAACUUCCUAUACAAACUAUUUGUUGGUUGCACUAUGACAAAAAAUAUCCUGACAAGAUUUUUUACAAAACUAGUUUUGAUCAAGAGGAGUUUACAGAAGUUGCAGUAAAGAAAAUAAGGGAUCGCCCCAAAUCUCUAACUCUUUUGAAAGCUUACAAAGCAACUCUUCCAAUUUCAGUGCCAAAAUUUGCAGAUCUGCAAACGAUGUGCAAGGACAACACCAUAACAAAAGGAUAUCAUGAAUUUUACAAUUCUCUAAAGACAAACAAGGAUGUCCGUGAUGCGCUGGCGGAACCAGAUUUUGAGGAACCAGAUGAGGAACCAGAACGAAUCUGUUAUUGUUUUUGUCUUGCGUUCUUAAUGUCAAAAUAAAUUAAAAAAUUAAUUACAACGUAUAUUUUUAUUAAUAGCCUUACCACACGAAUA